AUGAUCAUCCGUUCGUUUAUCCAGUCCACGUCAUCUUCACAAACCUCGGCCCUACGAUCCGCACCACUCCGACGGGCCACCCUCGACGCCUUCACUCCAUUAUCGGGUUCGAUCUAUUUGAAAAGUAGAAAGUCCUUCAAAGGUUUAAACAAGAAGAAGAAGAAGAAUUCAACACCGUCUCACAGUUCAAACCUAGCUUCAGAAGACGCAAACCCUAGCCAGGUGGUAGUUAUGGGUUCUCGGGUUCCUCCUGGAAACGGAGGAAGUAAAUUUGGAUUUCGAAGGCAGGAGAAUCGAGUCACUAUCCAGCUGACAUCUAAAUCGAAGCAAGAGAUGAGAGAAAUUAAGAGGAAGCUUGUUAGUGAGCUUGAACUGGUUAAGCGAUUGGUGAAGAAGAUUGAGGAGGUAGGGUCGAGGCCAUUGAAUCAGUUAAGUAUCUCUGUUUUGGAGAACACUCAGGGUACAACUACAAGCGAGAAUGUAGAGAAGGAGAAAAGAACUCCAAAAGCAAACCAGUUCUACAGGAAAUCAGAUUUUCUUCUUGCCAAAGAUAGAAUCCCUGCAACUGAGAGCCACAAGAAAUUAAAACCUAGUGGCAAGAAACAAGGAGGAGUUGAUGCUAAGUUUUCAAACAAAUUGUUCAAGAGCUGUAGUACUUUGCUUGAGAAAUUAAUGAAGCACAAACAUGGCUGGGUGUUUAAUAAGCCUGUUGAUCCACUUGCCCUUGGUUUACAUGAUUACUUUGACAUCAUUAAGCAUCCAAUGGAUUUGGAAACUGUAAAAUCACGUCUGGAUAAAAACUGGUAUAAUUCUCCAAUGGAGUUUGCAGAAGAUGUAAGACUCACAUUUCACAAUGCUAUGACAUACAACCCAAAAGGGCAAGAUGUUCAUGCCAUGGCAGAGCUUCUGUUAAAUUUUUUUCAAGAAAAAUGGAAACUCAUUGAAGCAGAUUAUAUCCGUGAGUCUAAGCUUGCAGUAAAUAAUGAAAUUGUUUUGCCACCUCCACCUCCACCUGCUCCAACCAUUGAUCCUAAACCAAAGCCUAUGAAUCCUUCUACCAUGGGUAGAACUCCUUCUUCCAAGAAACCAAAGGCUAAAGAACUCAACAAAAGGGAAAUGACAUAUGAUGAGAAGCAAAAGCUUAGUAUGGACCUUCAGAAUCUGCCUUCUGAAAAGCUAGAUAAUGUUGUUCAGAUUAUCAAGAAACGAAACCCAUCAUUGUCUCAAAAAGAUGAUGAAAUUGAAGUGGAUAUUGAUACUUUUGAUACUGAAACUCUAUGGGAGCUUGAUCGGAAAACAUCCCACAACCAAUUGUUGUUGAUGCCCCUAAAGAAGCUGAUGAGACAGAUGUUCAGAUGGAGAAGAAAGUGGAGGAGGAAGUUGCUCAUGGAGACAACAAGUCAAGUAGCUCUAGCAGCUCCAGCAGUGUAUCUGGAUCCUCUUCUAGUGAUUCUGAUAGUGAUAGUUCAUCUGGAGCAGGAUCUGAUGCAGGUCAUUCUUCAAAGGCAUGAUUGCAACAAGAAGAUUUCUGAAACUGCACCAAGUAGUACUUAUUUGUAGAAGAUGAAGAUGUAACAUAUGGAGCAAAUGUACAACUCUUGAUGCACGACGUGCAAUUCGAAUUUAGGUGUUUGUUGUUGUAUCUGUAACUGUUAAGUUGUAAACUUAUUUUAGCACGUGAAGUAUGUAAUCAAACACUGAAGUAAGUUUGUAGUGUCUUAGAAUUAGUGACAGUUUGUUUCAGGUUGGUUAUUUAACUGUCUGUUUUAAGAGCUUCUGUGUAUUGCAUAAAAAGCUCACUCAACUUCCCCUCUGAAGCUUGUAAAGUUAUUUAGUUUUAUUGCAAACUUUGUUAAAAUGUCAAAAUAAC